CGGCAGAAGCCGGCGGGAGCCCGGCGGAGCGCGGAGCCGCCGAGCCCGGAGCGCGCAGCGGAGCCCGGCGGGGAUGCGGGAGGCGGCGAGCGGCUGAGGACCCGGCUCCGCGCCGGGCGGAGCACACCCCGCUUCCCUUCGCUUCCAGCCCCCCGGAUUUGGGAUCUACCUGGCCGCCUUGGGAAUUAUUAAUUUUUUUUUUUUUUAAUCGUUCCCCUCUUUUUUUUUUUUUUUUUUUUUUUGCCUGAUUUUUAACCUUUUAUUUUUUGCACACGUGGAGGAGCGCGUGGAUUUCCUAUCAUGAUCUUGGCAAACGCCUUCUGCAUCGUCCUCUUCGUAGAUGAGAUCCUGCGCUCGCUGGCCGGGCCCCCGUCGCCUCCGGGACUGGCCCCGCCGGGGUGGCGAGUGCCCGUGGACUGCGUGCGAGCCAACGAGCUGUGCGCGGGCGAGCCCAGCUGCAGCUCCCGCUACCGCACCCUGCGCCAGUGCCUGGCCGGGCGCGACAGGAACACCAUGCUGGCCAACAAGGAGUGCCAGGCGGCCCUGGAGGUGCUGCAGGAGAGCCCCCUGUACGACUGCCGCUGCAAGAGGGGCAUGAAAAAGGAGCUGCAGUGCCUUCAGAUCUACUGGAGUAUCCACCUGGGGCUGGCCGAAGGAGAGGAAUUUUAUGAAGCCUCCCCGUACGAGCCGGUCACCUCCCGUCUCUCUGAUAUAUUCAGACUCGCUUCAAUUUUCUCAGGAAUGGACCCAGCCACCACCUCCAAGAGCAACCACUGCCUGGACGCGGCCAAGGCCUGCAACCUCAACGACAACUGCAAGCGCCUGCGCUCGGGGUACAUCUCCACCUGCAGCCGGGAGCUGUCGGCCACCGAGCCCUGCAGCCGCCGCAAGUGCCACAAGGCCCUGCGCCAGUUCUUCGACCGCGUGCCCAGCGAGUUCACCUUCCGCCUGCUCUUCUGCUCCUGCAAGGACCCGGCGUGCGCCGAGCGCCGCCGCCAGACCAUCGUCCCCUCCUGCUCCUACGAGGACAAGGAGAAGCCCAACUGCCUGGACCUGCGCGGCGCCUGCCGGACGGAUCACCUGUGCAGAUCCCGGCUGGCCGAUUUCCACACCAACUGCCAGGCCACCUUGCAGUCCCUGACCGGCUGUCCCGGGGACAACUUCCAGGCGUGCCUGGGCUCCUACGCGGGGCUCAUCGGCUUUGACAUCACCCCCAACUACGUGGACGCCAGCACCACCAGCAUCACCAUCUCGCCCUGGUGCUCCUGCAAAGGCAGCGGGAACAUGGAGGAGGAAUGUGAGAAAUUCCUGCGGGAUUUCACGGAGAACCCCUGUCUCCGAAACGCCAUCCAAGCUUUUGGGAAUGGGACUGACAUCAACCUCUCUCCCAAAAAUCCCAAUCCCGCCGUGACGGUGCUUCCGAAGACGGAGAAGAGCCCGAUCCUGCCGGACAACGUCAACGACAGCAACACCGCGUACGACACGAGCGUCAUCAGCACCUGCAGCUCCCUCCAGGAACAAGGCCUGAAGCCCAACAAUUCCAAGGAGCAGAGCCUGUGCUACUCUGAGGCCCAGCUGACCACGGAUGUGAUGCCGGACCAGAAGACUUUCAUGGAUCCCAAGGCGGGAAGCAGCCGGCACCGGGAGAGCUGGAUGCUGCUCCUCAUUCCCGUCCUGAUCCCGGCGCUGGGGCUAUAGAGGGGCGGGAAGGAGCGGCCGGCAGGACAGGGACGCUCGGACCAGUGCCCACCAGUGCCACCAGUGCCCACCAGUGCCCCGCUCGUGCCGGAGACUGGAACGCUCCCAAAUCCUGGGAAUGCCGAGCUCCGGAGCGGCAGGAGGACCCUUCACCACACUGGGAAACUUUGGUGGUUUUCUUCCUACUUUUCUUUUUUUCCCGGGAUUUUUUUUUUGGUCUUUUCCGGGUUGGUUUUCUGGAGCGGCUCCUGGGAAAACUCCCUGGAAUAGGCCUGGAAUGGGGGUCUGGUGCUGCCAGCGGUGCCGGGGAGGGAAAAAAAUUGGAGAAAACUUUGGGAAAGGUGAAUUUCAGGAUUAUUUGCACUGGGGUGGCCACAGGGACCACGAGGAUUCCGCGUGGGAACAUCCCGGAGGAUGAAGGCAUCAUCGGGGACUCCCGGAGCUCUUCCCGUUGGUUUUUGGGGGAUUUUGGUUGGGAUUUUUCCUCGGAGAGUUUCCAGAUGGAAGAGAAAAGAAACUGGUGUGAAACGUGUGAGGUUGUGCCGAUGUUUUCAAUCAUUUCCGGGGGAGAGAUUCCGUUUUCCUUAUUUUUUUUUAUAUUUGGAAUUUGGGUUGGGAGGGGAUUUUGACCCAUCCGGGGUCAGAAUUCCCUAUUUUCCCUCUCCACUUCAUUUCCUGUAUAUAACAUACAGAUAUUCCCAUAUACACAACCCCACCCAUCCUGUGGUUUUUUUUAAUUCCCAUUUUUCUCUUUAUUUUCCUUUUUUUUUUUUCUUAUUUUUUUCCUGAAUUCCUCCAAUUCCCACAACAACUUCCAAAUGUAUUCUUGGAAAAUUUAUUUUUUUUAACGAUGUCUAUAAUGGAGAAAAAAAAAACCAAACCAAAAUAAACCAAGGAGAACAAACCAAGGAAUGAAACAGCCCCAAAAUCCAAGAUUCCAUAAAAAUCCCGAUAUCCAGAGGGGGGAAAACCAGGAAUACUUCAGCUGCAGGAACACCAGGAUUUGGGUUGGAAUUCCACAAUUCCCGGCCUUUUUUCCCUGCAGGAGACAACAAACAGGGAAACAUUCCCAAGGAGCUGCCACAUUCCCAUUUUUUGGUGGUAUUUUUUGGGAAUUUUGAUGCGCAAGAAAUUCCGGUUUCAAAUUCCAGCCCCUCCCUUGAUGGGGUUUGGAAUUUUUUUCUCCAAGACAAACUGGCAGUGCUGGAAUCCCAAGGGAAACGCUGGGAUUUGGAGCACACGAAGAGUGAGGGGUUGGAAUUUUUUAUUUAUUUGGGAUUUUCAUUUAUUUUGCGGUUUGGGGAGUGGAAAUGUCAAUUCCCAUCCAGCUGUGCCCAUGGAAAAGGGGAUUUUGGGAAUCUUGGGAACCCGGGCAUAGUAAAAUCAUGGAAUUCCAGGAUUCCAGAUUGGGUUGGGAUGGCUUAAAAUCAUCUCAUUCCAGCCCCUGCCAUGCGCAGGGACGAUUCCCACUAUCCCAGCUUGCUCCAACCUGGCCUUGCACAUUCCAAGGAUGCGGAAAAUGGGAUGGAAGGAUCCUCGCGCUGUUUUCUGGGAGCUGGAGCUGUCGGAGAAGGGAGGGAGGGAUGAACAUUCCCUUUUCCAGCACGGAAAAUCCGACAGGGGGGAUGUGGGAGUUGGCAGCGGGAACAUAAACACGUCCCGUCUCUCCUGGAAUUCCUGCUGCAAUCCCAGGCUGCUUUUUCCUGGGAAAGGGCAGCUCUGAGCCGGAGCCAAGUGUGGGGCAGCCAAAAAAAGGGAUUUGGGAGCUCCACAGCGAAAUUUGGGAUCCCUCCUGGAGGUGACUCCCAAUCCAGGUGUUCCCAGCCAUCCCUCAUCCCAGUCUGGGCUUGGAGUUGCCGGGUUUCCUUGGGAAUGGGGCUGGAAAAUCCAGCAUGGAUUGUGCUUCCUGCUGCUGGGGUGCUUCCCUGAGAAAGCUGGGAAUGCUCCAGGCUCUUCCAGAAGGAGCAGGAACUGCUUGGGAAGGUCAGGGAACCGUCUCCAUCCAGCAGCUGGGCACCACUGGGUAUUCCCGGUGUUCCCUGCUCAGGAGCGAUCCCUUGUGAUCCAUGGAGGUCCUGGGGUUACUGGGAAGUACUGGGAACAGGGCUUUGCUCCAGGAUCCCUCCCGGAAUGGUGAUUCCAGCACUGGAAGGGGUUUUGCUCCAGGAUUCCUUCCAGGAAUGGUGAUUCCAAUAUUCCCUCCAGGAAUGGUGAUUCCAGCACUGGACGGGGAAUUUGCUCCAGCAUUCCCUCCAGGAAGAGGAUCUUGCUUCAGGAUUCCCUCCAGGAUUCCCUCCAGGAAUGGUGACUCCAAUAUUCCCUCCAGGAACGGCGAUUCCAGCACCGCCCUGUGCCAGGGUUCGGGGUUAUUCCCAUCCCCUCUCCACUCAGAUUCCCAAAAUUUCCACCCAAAACUUCACCCCUGGUGCUUCCUCCACCUCAUUCCCAGCGCGUUAAUUACGGGAGAGGAAAAUUCCCGUGCUUUGUGGGGAAGUGGAAAAUGCCGGGAUGUAAAACCCCGGCUGCCGGGAUGGAUAAUUAACUCUGGAGAUAAUUCCCUCUUCAUUUGGACUCAAUUACUUUCCCGAUAGGAGAAAGUGCUGAGAACACAAAUUUUUUUCGGGAUGUGGCCUAAAAAAAGAAUGGAAAAAAUCCACUCAAGCUUUUCCUGGUAGAGCCUCUCUUUCCUGGGAUAAAGGAGAGGAAAAAUCGCGGUUAAUGCUCCAGAAUUCCAGCUUAGCAUUGCCCUCCCAUCCUUGGAAUGUUGGGUUUGAGGGGAAAAAAGAGCAUUCCGGGGUUUUUUGGGAUGAAUCAGCCGGGGUGGGAAUGUCACGGGGUUUGCUCCGAGGAGGAAUAGCUGGGAAAUGAGGUUUUUGUGGGAUAAUUUGGAAUUUUGGAGGCGUUUAAAGGAAUAUUUGAGUCCCCGGGGUCACCUUGUGGUGCCUCUUCCCACCCCGCACCAAAACUCCCGCAAACCCUCAAAUUACAAUGGAUAAUUCCCUUAGGAAUUGCUCCUAUUUCCCAGCUGGAAUCUCCCAUUCCCAGGCGUGCCUGGAGCAGCAAUUCCGAGGGCAAAAAAAGGCAAUUUAACCUAUUUGGAGAGCAAAGCAUCUCCUGGAAUAUUCCUCAUAAAUUCCCAAGCUUUUCCCUCCUAGCCAUGCCCGGAUUCCUGGGAGCAGCCAGGAGCACUCAGGGACAGAGGUGAUGGGAAUUGUGGUUCCUUAAGGAAUUUUUGGCUCCUUAAGGAAUUUUUGGUGGUUUUAUUCCUUCUCCCCUGUGCCUGGGGCCAUAAAUCCCAGCCCGGCGCUUCCAAAGGGAAUAUUCCAGGGGUUUUGUUUUGCAUCCAGGUUUUUGGAGCGGUUGAAAAGUCCUCGUGCUCCUCACAGGAAAUGCCAAGCAGUGGGAGCAGGGAGGAAAAAAUAGAAGGAAAAGGGUUUUAGGGAGGGUUUUAAAAAUAGCGGAACUUUGUAGGAGAAAUAUGAGAAGACGUCAGGAGGGAGCCUCAAAGCCGGGGGAAAGAAUUUUCUGGAAAAUCGGGAUUAAUGAGUUGCUGGACUGGGGGGGGUCUUGGUGUUCUUGGGUUUCUCCCGGCAGCUCCAAGUCCUGAAAAUCCAAGGAAAAGGGGUGAAAAUGUGGGAGAGGGAUGGGAGGAAUUGCAGCUGUUUGGGAUUGGAGAGGGAACAGUGCUGGUUCUUCAUCCAGGGAAUCCGGGAGAGCCGGAAAAGGCCUGGAGGGACAGGACACAGGGAAUGGCUUCCCGCUGCCAGAGGGAUGGAUGGGAUUUUGGGAAGGAAUUCCUGCCUGUGAAGGUGGGGAGGGGCUGGGCUGGAAUUCCCAGAGGAGCUGUGGAACCCUGGAAAUGUCCGCGGCCAGGCUGGGAUAAUCCUGGAUAGUGGGAAGUGUCGGGGAUGGAAAUGGCUGAUCCUUAAGGUCCUUCCCAACCCAAACCAUUCCAGGAUUCCACGAUCUCCUUCUUCCCAGGAUCAAUAACAUUGUGGAACACACCAAAGCUUCCAGAGGAGGAGGUUUAAAUCCCAGCACAUUCCAGUAAAACGCCCAGCUGGAGGCUCCUUGGAAAAACAAACCCCAGGAGAAAUGACAGCCAUGGAAGCUCUCCCGUUUAACCUUCGGCCUCGGGAAGAAAUCCAUGAAGAUGAGGAAAAGCUCCCGGGAUUCACACGGGGUUAAAUAAAGCAAAUCAUGGGAUGUGCCGGCAGGAAUUCCCUGCCAGCUGGGAUGUUACCCCAGAGUGGGAGUGGGGGCACAACCGGCAGCCUUUUCCAGGAGAGGAAUUCACAGAAUCAUGGAAUGCUUUGGGCUGGGAGAGACCUUGAAGCUCCUCUCAUCCCACCCCUGCCAGGGGCAGGGACACCUCCCACGAUCCCAGGGUGCUCCAAGCCCCUGGCUUCAAAUUCCUUGGAUUUGGGAGCCUUUUGAAUGGCUGGAAAACCGGGAAAAGCUCUCCCAAGCCUCAGCAGCGGGAGGUUUUGCUGUCAUGGCUGGGGCAAGGCCCGAGUGGAGCCUUUUCCAUGUUCUCCUGAAUUAUUCCGGAAUUAUUCGGGAAUUAUUCCUGCCUCCCUCUCCAGCUCCGCGUCUUUGCAUCCGUUAAUUAAACUCGGUGGGUGAAAUGAAUCCCGGCCCUAAUUCCCUGUCUGGAUAUUCAUUAUGGAAGCAGCAGCAGCAGCCGGGAUGUCAAGGAGGAUUAAGCCGGGAGCUGGGAAGUCACAGGUGGCUCCAGCACGGAUUUCAACCCCGUGCCUGGAAAAGCUGAUGGAUCCUGCCGGAAUCAAACCCAAAAGCAUCAUUCCCGCUCCCAGUUUCCCUGGAGUAGCCACGGAAAAUUCCUUCCCAGCGUUCCCGAAGACGGAAUUCUCUCCCGGCUGGUGCUGAACUGGUCACGGGGUCCUGGUCCCUGUUUUUUCAGGGAUGAUAAAUGGGGUUGGAUCCCCCAGCUCCAGGAAUUCUCCCAGCCCCAUUCCCAGACCUCGGGGCAUAAAGGGAGCAUUUUCCAGAGGCUCCUCCACCCCCUGCAUGAUCCCUGAGGAGCCCCGGGAGGAACAAGGGCUCCGCUGUCUCCAUCUCCCCGCGGCCCCGGGGUCCUCUGGAUGACCUCGUGCGGUCAAUCCUGGAGAAAAUCAAGUGCAUGGCAAGCGGGAAGGGGAAAAAACCUUGGAAUUUCCCCCCUGGAUCUGCUCCCAACCCCUCCCUGUGCCUGGAUGGGGCCGGGGCUCCAGUGCCAGCCGCAACCCGGAGCGUUUGGGAUCAACCCCGCUCUCAUCCCGGGGAUCUGGGAUGCUGAUCCCGACCCUGGCCACAUUCCCAACCCCAUUCCUGGCCGUGGCAGUGCGGAGGUGUCCCGAUAUCCUGAAUUCCCGAAUUCCCGGUGUCCCGGGAAGGCAGCGGUGUUUAAUUAAGCACUGAACAUGACGCCGGUUUUAAUUCCGUGCGUUCGGAGCUGCCCACACACCCCCCGUUGCCAUGGCAACGUUAAUUUGUUUUGGAGCCUCCGCUCGGAUGGAUUUGGGAAAUUUUUUUUGUUUGUUUGUUAAUCUCCUUUUCCUUCCCCCUCUCCCCCUUCCAUUCCCUCUUCCCUGACUUUUCCCCCCUCGUUCUCGCUCCCCCCUCUGAUUCCCUGAAUUAAAAAGCACCAAAAAUUCCUUGCAUGGAAUAAAAAAUUCCUUCCUCGA